CUGACCAUUUUAUUAUUUCCUACACUUAUUAUAUAAUUUUAUUUCAAGUUAAUUAUGAGAAAAAUGUAUUAUACGAAAAGUUUGCGUUUCGAUAUACGUCUACCAAUAAGGGAAUCCAAUAUGGCGCCGUAAGCAAUCACACGUCAGAUUUACGUUUACAAAUCUAACAAUUUAUACACUGUCAGUGUUUCUAAUUGCUUGUGCGUAAGCAUUACAUUGCUACGUCGAAGAUAGAAAUAUGUCAGACGUGAGAAAUUGGUUCAAUUCUUUACCAAUAUUUACGAGAUAUUGGCUGUUGUGUACAGCCGUUUUUACGUUAAUCGGUAGAUUCGGCCUAGUUAAUCCGAGUUCUCUGACGCUCUCAUACGAUCGUUUUAUAAAUAAUUUCGAGAUUUGGAGAGCAGCGACCAGCGUUUUCUUCUAUCCGCUGAAUCCAAGUACAGGAUUCCAUUUCUUAAUCAAUUGUUACUUUUUAUAUAAUUACUCGUUGAGGUUAGAACGCGGGGAAUACGAUGGACGGCCAGCAGAUUACUGUUUCUUACUUUUGUUCAAUUGGAUGUGCUGCGUUGUUAUAGGACUUACAGCUCAAUUUUACUUUCUUAUGGAUCCUAUGGUACUCAGCGUAUUGUACGUUUGGUGUCAAUUGAACAAAGAUGCUAUCGUUAAUUUCUGGUUUGGUACACAAUUCAAAGCCAUGUACUUACCAUGGGUACUGUUCGCAUUCAAUCUUAUUAUUUCUGGAGGUGGAAUGAUGGAACUAUUCGGUAUUCUAGUGGGACAUCUUUACAUAUUUUUGAAAUUUAAAUAUCCUCAGGAACUUGGCGGGCCUGAAUUAUUGAAUACACCGAAAAUUCUCGAAUCUUAUUUUCCGCCUCAAAGAGGGUUCGGAGCUGCUCCUACACAAAGGGCGCAAUCACAACCUGCUAGAAAUAGAUUUGGUACUCAUAAUUGGGGAGGAGGUCAUGUCUUGGGAAAUAUGUAAAUAAAUGUAAGAAACUGAUUUUGUGUUAUAAUUUUCUCAUAUAUUAUUCCGAUUAUAUUUAUUUGUCUAUGA